UCACGUGACACAACAGACUCACAUGAUCAUUGAUCAUACCUUGUCGAACAAGGAAGAGAUUUACCAUUCUGCCUGGGGGAAAAAUUGUAGAAAUGCUAAUCGUAUCUUAGCGAGACAUCCAGAUAACCAACAGCUAGUGAAUCUGUCUCCAUGUAAACAGGAAUGGGGUAUUUCCAAGUAGUAUUCCUGCUGCUGGCCCUGAUCCCAGGGAGCACAGGUUUAGACAAUGGAUUGCUGAGGACGCCCCCUAUGGGGUGGAUGGCAUGGGAGCGCUUUCGCUGUGAUAUCGAUUGUCGUAAGGACCCCACGAACUGCAUCAGUGAGAAACUGUUCCGAGACAUGGCUGACCGACUAUCUGAGGAUGGAUGGAGGGAGCUGGGGUACGAGUAUGUCAUGAUAGACGACUGCUGGAUGUCCAUGCAGAGAGGCAGCGAUGGGAGGCUGCAGCCUGAUUCUGACAGAUUCCCAGGGGGCAUUGCAAACCUUGCAAGGUACAUUCACGAUCGUGGCCUGAAGCUUGGCAUCUACGCAGACAUGGGCAGCGCCACAUGUAUGGGCUUCCCUGGCACGACCCUGGACAAAGUGGAGCUAGACGCCCAGACCUUUGCCAGCUGGGGCGUGGACUACUUGAAGUUUGAUGGUUGUCACUCAAACGCCAUUGAGCAGUUGAUAGGUUACCCUUUAAUGUCCAAGGCAUUGAAUUGGACAGGCAGACCUAUAGCCUAUUCCUGCAGCUUGCCGGCCUAUUUAGGUGGACUCCCCCCAAAUGUGAACUACUCUUAUCUAGGGAACAUUUGCAACUUGUGGAGAAACUAUGACGACAUUGAGGACUCGUGGGCCAGCGUGCAGAGCAUCCUUGACUGGUUUUCAACCAACCAGGACGACCUCCAGCCCGCCGCUGGCCCUGGACACUGGAACGAUCCUGACAUGCUCAUCAUUGGAAACUUUGGUCUCAGUCUGGAUCAGGCCCAAGCACAGAUGGCCCUGUGGGCCAUCAUGGCUGCCCCGCUCGUCAUGUCCAAUGACCUUCGGACCCUGAGCGCCGAUGCUCGGGCCAUCCUGCAGAACAGAGUGGCCAUCGGCAUCAACCAGGACCCCCGAGGGAUCCAGGGGAGACGGCUGCUACAGGAGUUGGGUCAUAUCGAGGUCUAUUGGAGGCCGUUGUCCCACUCGGCCAAUGCCUUGGUGUUCCUGAGCCUUCGCCAGGACAUGCCAUAUCUGUACCAAAAUUCCCUGGCCAAUCUCAACUUCCCAGCCGGCAGCUUCGAGGCGUACGAUGUGUUCUCUGGGAAGACCCUGAGCGGCCUGACUGACCAUACCAUUUUCACGGUGUCCAUCAACCCCUCCGGUGUUGUCAUGUGGUACGUCUACCCAGUCAAACAGUCCCCCCGGCCCCCCAAGGACACAGGGAGAUAUCCAUACUUGCUCAAAAAAUACAGGAUGUCCUAAUUUUACGAGAUAAUAAAACCGUCCUUGGUGAACUGAA